ACAACGCGGAAGAAGGCGGAGCCCCACUUGGGAGUUGGUCGAAUACGGAAGUUCUUAACCCAGACGAGCGGGACGGGACGGGACGGCUCCAAAAAGUGCCAGCCAGCCAGCCAGCCAGCCGACCGAGCGACGAACAGAGGGACGGCCGGAACGCUAGAAGCCGACAGCGAGGAAAGGCCGCCGCUCGGACUUGACAUUCCGCCCGCCCGCUGUUAGCCCGCUAGCCUGUGACCACUCGUGCAGGAGUGAACUCGUGAGCAACAACUAGAAGUACGGCAGCAAAAUGAUGAGCGGCGUGAGCAGCAUCGAGGCCGUCAAAAAGAAGAUCAAGGUCCUACAAGGACAAGCGGAAGAAGCCGAAGAGCGAGCCGAGACGCUGCAGUGCCAACUGGAGGCCGAGAAGCGGGCUCGCGAACAGGCGGAGGCGGAAGUGGCGUCGCUCAGUCGCAGUCUCCAGUUGACAGAAGACAAACUGGACCAGACGCACGAGAAGCUCACCUCCGCCACCGAUAAGUUGGACAAGCUGGAGAAGGUGGCCGACGAGAGCGAGAGGGGGAUUCGCGUCAUCGAGACGCGAGCCAUGAAGGACGAGGAGAAGAUGGAACUGUUGACCGUCGAGCUCAAGCAAGCUCAGAUCAUCGCCGAGGAAGCCGAUCGCAAAUACGAGGAAGUGGCCCGGAAAUUAGUGAUGGGGGAGCAGGAACUGGAGCGUGCCGAAGCCCGAGCGGAGCUCGCCGAGAGCAAAGGUCGCGAGCUGGAGGACGAGCUGAAGAGUCUGGUGGCCACGUCCAGGAGUUUGGAGUCUCAGGCCGAGAAGUUCUGCCAACAGGAGGAGCGCUCCGAGCUGGAGAUCGGUAGCCUCAGGAGCAAACUGACAGAGGCGGAGAACCGGGCGGAGUCCGCCGAGCGCCAGGUGGCCAAACUGGAGAAGUGCGUGGACGACCUGGAAGAAUCGCUGGCGGCGGCCAAAGCGGCCAACGCCGAGCUCCACGCCACGCUGGACCAGACCAUGGAGGAGCUCAACUCCUGCUGAACGUUCCGCCGACGUCCGUUCGCUCGUUCCGAGUAUUUUUUUCCGCCAAAGCCCGGGGGCCCGGGCCGGGUUCGGGGGCCAAUCGGGGACGCGCCCGCCCCGUCGAAAGAGUCUUACGCUGUCGUCCUGGCAGCUUUGGGUAUUUUUUUUUUUCUAAAAUAAAAUAAACGCACAUUCCAGCUCA